CCGUCCUCCUCAUCCUCGGCUCCCAUCCCCUCCAUCCACCACCACCAGCAGCCGAGCACCAUCCACACACAGAGGACAGUGUGGCGAGGACGCAGCGGCCAGUGCGUGACAGCUGAGAGAGAGAGCGAGAGGGAGAGAGAGAGAGAGAGAGAGAGAGAGAGAGAGAGAGAGAGAGAGAGAGAGAGACCCUCCCUGGCACACAGUGUGUCAGUGUGAUUUUGGCUGCCGGGGGACUGUGGAGGAUUCACGCAGGAACCAGGAGGACCCUCUCUCCUCUUUCCCCCCGUUUCACACCUUUCUCUCCGCCUCCCUUGUCAUCCUUGGUCGCGGACGAUGGUUUUCUAAUCUGCGCCCCCUGCUCCCACCUCAGCAUCGGAUUUUUACGCUUCACCACCUCCUCCUCCUUGGCUGAUUUUUUGGUUGAACCAGGGGGGCUGACUCCCAGCCAACCUGCGGGCCGGGCCGUGCCGGGCUGUUUCAGCGAGCCUUGGUAAUUGCUGAAGUUGGCACCCGACGAUGAGCGCCUUGAGACCCGGGAGCGGGGCUCUCUCCGCGCCGGGGUGGAGGGGGCCCGGGUCGUGGCGGUUCCUGUGGUGGUGGGUCGCGGCGGUCGAGCUGGCGGUGGGCUCGGGAGACCCGUGGCUGUCCGCGGAGGCAUGCCCGUCCUCCUGCUCCUGCAGCAGCACCAGGAUCUCCUGCGUGGAUCCGGAGCGGGACAUCAACGCCUUCCCGGUCCUACAGAGCGAGGCGGAGAUGGAGAACAUCACCGACAUUUACAUCGCCAACCAGAGCAGCUUCUCCUCCAUCAACGACAAAGACCUGCACUACUACAAGAAUCUCAGGAACCUAACGGUGACCAACAGCAAGCUCACAUAUGUAUCGAAGCUGGCUUUCCAAAACAACAUCAAGUUGCAGUACCUGAAUCUGAAAGAUAACAACCUGUCAUCCCUGUCCUGGAGAAUAUUCAAACACCUCAACAUGUCUUAUCUGAUCCUGUCGGGGAACCCUCUGCACUGCUCCUGUGAAAACAUGUGGAUCAAGCUGUGGUUAGGGGAGGAAGCAGACACUCAGGACCUACGCUGCAUUGAGGAAGGAGGAGAACGCAAGCUGCUGUCCAGUCUGACGCUGCCUAACUGUGAGGUACCCAUGGCAACCCUGAGUCCAGGCAAAGUGACAGUAAUGGAGGGGGAGAACGUGCUGCUGUCCUGUACGACCUCCGGCGUGCCUUCACCUGAGCUGAUAUGGAACAUGACAGUGGUCACCAGCUAUAUGAUCGAGACAUCGGGCCAGAGUUCAGGGCUGCGACUGUCCAACCUGUCGUCGCUGGAUCACAACAGAAAGAUCAGCUGCACGGCUGAGAACAUUGUCGGAGAGAAGGAGUCCUCUGUGCUGCUGGAUAUACUUUUUCCUCCCAAAAUCAAUAAGCUGGGGGAUGCAAUCCCAGACCAUCACUGGUGCAUCCCCUUCAGUGUGGCAGGAAACCCAGAGCCGCAGUUACAAUGGUUUCUGGAUGACAGGGCGGUGAUGGAGGACCUCUACAUAAUGACCAUGAUCCAUGACAUCACAGAGCGGGAGUACCACGGCUGCCUGCAGCUGGACAGCCCUACACACCUCUACAACGGGAAGUACAGGCUGUUGGCUAUAAAUAAAUAUGGGUCAGACGAGAGGGAGGUGGAGGCCCACUUCAUGCACGAGCCCUGGGAUGGGACUGAGAAGGAGCCAUAUUAUUAUGAAGUAACCACAGAAGAGCCCCCUUUAGAUCCACCUGAGGACAGAGUCGCUGUGUACGUGGUGGUGGGCAUCGCCGCUGUAGCCUUCACUGGCUUCCUCCUCAUGCUGGUUAUUCUCAAGUUCGGAGGAAACUCCAAGUUUGGCAUCAAAGGAACGUCAUCAGUGAUCAGCAAUGAUGAUGACUCGGCCUCUCCUCUUCACCACGUCUCCAACGGCAGCAACACUCCUUCCUCCUCAGAGAUGGGCCCUGACGCCGUCAUCAUCGGCAUGACCAAGAUCCCGGUGAUCGAGAACCCUCAGUACUUCAGGAGCACAAACAGCCUGCUCAAAACCGACACAUUCGUCCAGCAUAUUAAGAGACACAACAUUGUGCUGAAGAGGGAGCUGGGAGAGGGAGCCUUCGGAAAGGUCUUCCUGGCCGAGUGUUACAACCUCUCACCUGACCAGGAGAAGAUACUGGUGGCUGUCAAGACACUUAAAGAAGCCAGUGAAAAUGCCAGGAAGGAUUUCCACCGUGAAGCUGAGCUCCUGACGAACCUUCAACACGAACACAUCGUCACUUUUUACGGCGUCUGCGUGGAGAGCGACCCUCUCAUCAUGGUGUUCGAGUACAUGAAGCACGGAGACCUCAACAAGUUCCUCAGGGCUCACGGUCCGGACGCAGUUCUGAUGUCGGAGGGUCAGACCACCAGACCUGUGGAGCUGACCCAGUCUCAGAUGCUGCACAUCGCCCAGCAGAUAGCAUCCGGCAUGGUCUACCUGGCAUCUCAGCACUUUGUGCAUCGCGACCUGGCCACCAGGAACUGCCUGGUGGGCGAGAACCUGCUGGUGAAGAUCGGGGACUUCGGCAUGUCCAGAGACGUCUACAGUACUGACUACUACAGGGUAGGUGUCGGCGGCCACACCAUGCUCCCCAUCCGCUGGAUGCCCCCUGAAAGCAUCAUGUACAGAAAGUUCACCACAGAAAGUGACGUCUGGAGUCUUGGAGUCGUUCUCUGGGAGAUCUUCACCUACGGAAAACAGCCUUGGUACCAGCUCUCCAACAACGAGGUGAUCGAGUGUAUAACCCAGGGCAGGGUGCUGCAGCGCCCCAGGACCUGUCCUAAAGAAGUGUACGACCUGAUGCUGGGCUGCUGGCAGAGAGAACCGCACAUGAGACUCAACAUCAAGGAAAUCCACUGUCUGCUCCUCAACCUGGCCAAGGCCUCACCUGUAUACCUGGAUAUACUGGGCUAAACACGGGAAGAGGACGGAGGAUGCGUUUGCGGGAGAUGUGUGUGUUCAGGUGUGGAUGGUUGCUGUAUUUAAGUGUGUGUGUGCAUUUGAGGUGUGUGUGUGUGUGUGUGUCUGCUAUAGGGUAGACAUGGUGAUACCUCUGAAUAAGGUGUGUGUGAGCAAGGUGGCGCUGUACAGGAUGUGAAGCUAUUACCAGACUCUUUAAGGCAAUCAAAAAGUUCUUCAACUCAGCUCCAAUCGCCUCUUUCCUCCCGACCAAUUUCCUCUCCUUUGUGCAUCUACUUCUUCCCCGUUUCCUCUCCCGAAGAGACAUUUACAAUGAGUAAUUUAACUUUGGAGGAGAGGAGAAAAAAAGCUUCUCUCUUCUUUUCAAAUGCUUUAAACUGACUGGGACUAAAUUGAUGAAACCUGAUAAACAGGACUUUAAAUUUGGUGACUCAUCUGUCGCUGCCUGUCGGACAACGGGACUCGUUUUGAACAUCCUGGAGUUUUCAAAGGAGGCGCAGCGCGGGGAGGAUUUCCAGAAGCUUUGAAUACUUUUGCGUGUAAAUACGAGACUGUGAGACGCUUUUCAGAGAAAAUGGCUCAGUGAGAUGUGGAGCCAUGAAGACGCCGAUUCCCCCUCUCACCCUGUCCGUCUAUGUGACCUCUUUCUUUCUGUCCGUCUCUCAGAACUGUACGCGAAUACUAAUGUCAGCAUUCAUCCGACGUGGCUUGUGGAUAGGACGACAUGAUAAACACACUGGUUAACAUCCAGUAGAUUGACUGGAACAUAAUAAUGACCACUUCUGAUUUAUGGCUGGCUGAUUUAGCUGAUUACAAAAAAAUGGACUAACAAUACGGUGACAACUGAGGCUUAACUGAGCUGCUGGGGUGCAACAAUUAUCCAGAGAGAGGACAGAGGUUUUCCACGACACUGCAACUGAAUGAUGAAUAUAGAAAACGCAGGGGGGUAAAAAAAAAAGAAAAAGAUCUAUUUUGCAUUGAUCUACAAGAUGUUCUCAUGCAACAGAUUGAUGAUCAAUGAUUUUACAGAUAUAUGCACCCAUAUCUGCAUCGUGCAUUGUUUUCUCUAUUGCUUUGCCUGAGACGUAACAUGACGAUCAACCAUCCAGGCCCUCCCCCUCUCACCGAAGUGACAGAUGCUUCCCUCGUGAUGUCAAGCGCCCGUGUCGGAGGUCAAUUGAUUCAUUUGUCCACAGCUGUCUGACAAUCGCGAGGUCCUGGUGUUGAUGGAGGGAGGGGUGGCGGGGCGGAGGGUGUGAUGGGGGAAUAAAGGCUGCUUAGGGAGGCUGGGUUUUUUGAGUGGUCAGAUCACGGUCAGAUGUGUGGGCGGCGGCGCUGGAGAAGGUGUGGUUCAUUUGGUCAACCCAUAUUAAAUCAUCAAGGCUCUCAGCACUCAGACAUCCUUGGAAACCACAUCUGUGCUGGAGGGGAUGUACACAACACAACACAACACAACACACCCACACACAUACUGUAUACCUUAUCCCGUCAUCCCUCCAUCUCCACACUCACACAAACUGAAAGACACUCAAAACGGGCCGAGAAGGAAAUUGAAUUGUGCAUGUUUUAUUAUUUGAGCGGUGCAGUGCUUUAGCCAGGCCCCGUCCUCUGUAAUGGUGUAAUGUAUAUUUCAUUACAGCCUAAUGGGCCCCAUUAGCACAGUCUCCUCACAGACAUUCAAGACUUAUUGUUUUAUGGCCGAGAAGGAGAGAUGGAGGGGAGAGGAGAGGUGAAGGAGGAGAAAAACAGAAAGAACGACUGAGGAGCAGAGGUAAUAACGCAUAUUGGGAAGAAAUGGAGGGGAAGGGCGAGCACUCAGAGCAGAAGCAAUGGGGUAGAAAAGAGCAGACGAUGGGAGCGUGUAAAGGUAGGGUCGUGUGGAGAGGUGGUGAAGGAGAGAGAGAGAGAAGAAAGUGGGAGUAGAAAAAAAGGCGGAGAAGGGGAAGAGAGGAGGUGUGAAUGUCCUCAGGGAGAAAGUGAGAGUGAACAUCCAUCAUUACCGCGGCCUGCAGAUGUUCUAUAAGCCACAACUUCAACUUCAUGCUGCCGUCACAUUCCAAUGGCUGCACACACACACACACACACACACACACACACACACACACACACACACACACACACACACACACACACACACACACACACACACACACACACACACACACACACACACACACACACACACACACACACACACACACACACUUUACUGGCACUCCACCAACAGCUUACACUGAGAAUAAACUCAAUAAUGCACCACACAUCCCCGAGAUGAGGAACCACUUCACACACCAACAGUCCAGCUCACAUAUCUGGUCACAUGCUCUCUCACACACACACACACACACUGUACAUACAACAGCUCACAUGCAUGAAAGAAAACACACUCAAUGUUUGUUUUUGCAUUUAACUGGGGAAUGUCUGAUUUUCUUUCCAAAAAAUCAUGAUCACUGCACCAACAGCAUCAACAUUUGUUGGUGUGAAACAUCAAUCUGGAAUUUCUGAGUCUUAUUUGUUUAUUAACAGCAGCACUUGAUGGUAUUGAUGUUUGUGAACUUGAAAAUGUUGAUUUGAUUGAUUUACAGUGAUUGAUUUGUAUUAAUAUUGUUAUUAUUUAUAAAUUAAGAAGCAUUUUGUACAUUUCUUUCUAUAUCUAAAAGUUGCCUUUUGCAACAGCAACACUGGUUUAAUCGAUUAUGUUUCGCAUAAAAAAUGCGUAGAAUAGUUAUGUAAUGUAUUUUUAUGUCAGGCUCCCUCUGAACAGCUACCUAUAGCCCGUCCUCAUGUACAGUGCACUCGACAACAGGGAUGGACGUCUCACCAGUCUGUCACAUAAAACAUAUUUGACAUAUCGCAAAAUGACCCUCACCUGUCAGAGCAUGAACUGCCGCAGCAUUGACCACGCAGGCUGAUCCAUCCCUGCUGUACAGUCGAGUAGAGUUUGCACACUUGCCACACAUUAUCUCUGUGCAGUAAACAGAGGGCAGGGUGUGUGAGGGCCUGUGUGUGUACGCUGGAAAAAACUGUGAGAAACGAACACAGAUACGAACGCCUCCAAUGUCGGAAGAGUAGAAGAGUACCUGCUGUGUUUUCUUUCUUUCAAAAAAUAAUAAUAACGAACUGUGUCAAGUUGGACGGCGGCGAAGUUUUUACAGUUACGGAAGGAGGAGGCUGAGAGGAGAGGGUUGUUUGUUAGGAUGAAGACCUGUCAGCACAGGGCUGAAGUGUUCUGUGAUCUGUGAACACAGCUCCGGUCUCUGCAUCAACGCCUCACGUCAAGGAUAUGGGUCAAACAAAGACCCCCCCCCCAAAAAAAGGAGGAAAAACAACAACUGCUGUAUGAACGGAUGCCUCAGAAAACGAGGGACCGACAAUCACUGACUUCUCUCUUUCUCUCUUAUUCAAGUGACUUACUGUAAAAUAGACUAUUCAGCCAACUUUCCUCCUCUAUGCUGCCUAUACUGUACGUGAUAGUCUUAAACUUUGGUCCCUAGAAGUGCUACUUUCUUUUUUUUUUUCUUUUUGUAAAACGAAAUAACUGCGAGAGGAAUAAAGAACAUACAUGUACAAAUGUGAAUUAGCUGCUGGAAGAAAUAAGCGUCGCUAACUGAUGUGUCAGAGACUGUGUCAGUAUCUAGGUUGUACGAUUUUCUUUUUUUUCCGUCUGGGAAGUGGAGGGCAGAGAAUUGGUCAAAGCUGCAUGGGACUCACAAAUGAUGUGAAAACAGAAUGACAUAAAGUACAUCGGCACCCAGGAUGCAGAGCGAUGUUCGCUCACUCUCCCGGUGGAGUGGGUGUGUGCAUGCGUGUGUGUGUGUGUGUGUGUGUGUGUGUGUGUGUGUGUGUGUGUGUGUGGGGAGAGCUGAUUGAUGCCGAUGUGAGUCAGUGGGGAUCAACACGCUGGGUUCAGACUUUAGCCAAAUCCCAGUUCAAAAACAAGUUUCAUGGUAGGAAUCAGGAACUGAUUUGUUGUCGCUGUUCCACCAAUUCAUCAUGAAUGACUUCACUUAUUCAUGUCGGACUGAGUUUGGUGUUAUGGCAGCUAACAUUCAUGGAAUCAAUUUGCUUUGUUGUGACUCCCAACAAUUAGCUUCUUCUAAACACACUUCACUAACGCCUGAGUUUCACACGAGUGUUUCAGCAAGAUUAACAGAUUCUUCCCUUUUCCUAUCGCCUCACGUUAACAUCAGCGUGGGGCUGAGUUCGGCCUAAACCACGGGACUCACUCCCUGUCCACACUAAUGCAGAUUAUUUCCUCUGCGUUUGCGAUUCUCCUCCAAACACAAACACUGUUUCAAAAACUCUGGUUUCUGUGUAUUCAUGUGUAAAUGUAAAAUUGAGCUUUUGAUAAACUAUGACAUCAUAGUUUACCUUGCACAUGCCCACUGCUGCUUUGUGCGAUGAGCGUGCACCACAAACCAUUUCUCUACAUUUGGUUGGCACUGCCAGGUCUAAUCACAAGUUUGCAGUUCAAUUUAUCACUUCAAAAUUACUUGAAGGCAAUUCAACUUUUUUAUUUUUACUUCAUUAAAACGUUCUUCCCUAGUGUUUGACGGAUUUGUUUAUGCAGACUUACGAGCAUUUGUAGUCGUGUUUGUCUGGACGGAGAUAUUCUGUAAAACAGAGUGAAAAACAUUAGUAAAAAACAAAAAAACAUUUGCAAUAGUGUCGACAAGGCCUCAGUGAGCUAAAGCAUAUUUCACACACAGUGCUGAGUCACAAGGAGAGUUUUUUAUCCAUGUCAUAUUGACUCCCCUCUCUCUCACAGUCUGAGCUAAAUGAGCUGAAAUACCAUAAAGGUUAUUUAAAAGAUUACCUUUGUGCUUGAAUGCUUCUGGAGCCCAUAUGCCCGGGAGAAUGUAAUGCAACAAAAAACUGCUUCUCUGCAAAAAAAAGAUUGGGAAAAAAAUCAAGGAAAAGAAAAAAAAACAAAAGUGAGUCUACAAAAUGCAGAAUGUCUGUUUCCUCAGUACCAGAUUUUUUGAUUCUUUGCUAUUUGUCUCUGUGUUUCGAGGGUUUCGCAGCGUUGUUAGUGAAAAAACCAGAGGGGGUGGGAUUAUUGGAUGUUUUUGUGGAUUUUGGGAUUGUAAGAGACGUGAAAUAGGGCAGAGGACAAAGCGCUGUAGGGUUCCCGUGUGAAAGAUGUUAAAAAUGUUAUUUCUAUGCCUAAACAUGCUCUUUGAAAUGUUAGAAACAGCUGUACAAAGCACACAAUGUAAUUAAAAGCUGGAAAUACUCUGACUGUUGCAGCUGAUGUUUGUCUUUGCAAGCAGGUUGUCGUUCAGAAAAGCAAAAGUUAUGAUGCCGCCCAUGCGUGCUUUGCUGAUGGACACACACACACACACACACACACAGAAACACAUGCGGGGUGGAAAUGAUCAUAGUGAGUCAUGAUGAUAAUGAUGGUGAUGAUAUGAUUUCUCUCUGAACAUGGACCAGUCUGUCGUGAUAUAAUGUAAUUAAUAAAAAGUGUUAUGUCA